AUAUUGAAGUUCAGGGAUAAUCGCUUCCUGCAGAAGUUGUUAUCUCAUUCCUUCCUUUGAGCCUUUCCACAAUAUGAUAUAGCCUAUUUGUAUCGCAUUUGUUGUCCAUUUUUAGUACAUUCCAUGGAUUGACAGCUUUUCUUACCUCUCAGGUACACUUUAACCGAACUACUUUUAUUUAAGUAAUAGAUAUCUGCAAUUCUAUCUAUCAUACACACUGAAGGGCACGACGAGACUCAUCUACAUCAUUUACUAUCACGGCAUAUCGCACAACGACACCAAAAGCUUGGCACUUAUUGGGGGUUUCCAAAGUGGCACAAUGAUCGCGAUCAAUGCAACUUUAUUAUCAAAUCAAUGGCCCCUUGGUCUUGGUGUAGUUCUAUUGUUGCUGACUAUCACUGCACUUGCAUUUACACAAAGUUGGCACAGGUCCCUAUUCAAGAAGCUUCAUAUCCAGCAUCGACGCGCAUCUACCUCUGCAACCCCCCCUCGUUCAUUGUCUCCAAGCAAGAAAAGCACCGAUAAACCAUUGAGCUCCAUCAGCAAGGCUCCAAAUUACUACGAUGUAUUGCCUCCCUCAAGACGUUACACGCUUCCACAGGUUGCGGAAACUAUCCCUCCACGAUUCGGCACAGUCUUGACCUCAACCAACCCAUCAAAUGAACACAUGGCAAAGAAUAAAUUACCUAUGGCUCAGACUUAUACUCUCGGAUUCGAAACUCCAAAAUAUACACCAAUGGGUUUCUCUACCCAAGAAAUUAACGUCAUGGGCGAUUUUCCACCUUAUCAUAUCUUGACCGGCGUCCCACUACCUCAACCCUACAAAGGAUUCAAUCCCCAAAACGCUCUUGCUAGACCUUACAGGCCUAUAAGAUGGCAAUAUCAUCAAACUAUGUGUAAUUACGUCCCUAUCUUCCGUUGAAGAUAUACUGAUGCGUCCUAGCUUUUCAAAAAAUGGAAUCCGACUGGUGGCUCGAAGUCGAGAAUACAUACUGUUCUCGCAUGGCCGAACGUCAAGGACUCUUCAAACAAUACGGCAAAAUGGUCCUCGACUAUCUUCCUGGAAGUGAACUCGCCACUAAAGAACUCAUGGAAAUGUGUCUCCAGUUCUACUGUGCCCGCUACCCCGCCUAUUUCUCCCUUUCACCAGAUAAAAGAACUUUCCACAAUGCUCUCCUCAAAACUACUACCGAAAUCAAAUACAUGCAUCCCUUACACGUCCUCCUCAACAACGUCCCCGAAGAUUUCGCAAUUGUGUUGAGAAAUGACGAAGAUGGAAUGUACUAUUUUCGCGCCGGUGUCAUCUGUAGUUCACUAGGCUGGAACGUCGCCACGAAAAUUGGAUUAAAGCUCGAGGACAUCCAUAAGCCGAUCCCAGAUUACAAGGAAAAAAUGUCUUUCAGUAUGGAUCGCUUUUUCAGCAAGAUGUCAGCCGAUGCUCCGAUUCAGCGUGGUAGCUGGGGUCUCGAGGUCGAUUCUCCUUUAUUUAUGCCUGCUGGCCAUCCGCAUGAAAAAUUGAGAGAAACACAAAAGGAAGAUUUGACAAUUGAAGAAUGUAAUUUGAGGGUUGACUGGCAGACACUAAGACGAUUACCGUUAAGUGGAGGCGUGGUCUUUAACUUUAAAGCAUUAUUCACGCCCGUGACGGAAUUUAGGGAUGAACCAUAUAUCCCAGCAUUGAUGUGCAAGAUCUUGAAAGAAGGAAAGAAGAGUUUGAUGGAAUAUAAAGGGACGUGGCAUAUAGAGCAUGUAGUUAUUCCAGCAAUGGAAAAGUGGGCCAAGGAACAAGUGGAGAAGGGGUGGGUGGUACCGCAGGAGGGAGAGGAAGUUUGGAAGGAGGAAACUUUAAGUGAGAGUCCGUAUUUUCCCGGUUGGGAAGAAAAGUGGCAUAGGCAGCAGGGAUUUUAGCUCGGAUUCUUGGGAGGUCUUUUGGUGCUUUUAGCGGGUUUUUGUGGAUGUUUUGCUCUUUUUUAUGUUCUUAUAGCACUAAUUUUGUGUUUAUUCUCAAUUUCGAUAUCCUGAUUUUUUUUAUACUAAAUUUGCUUACUUGCAUAUCUGGAGAGAUGGAUGUUAGCAUCAUUUUAUAACAUUGAAUCAUCAACAAUAUUGGUAGU